AUGGCGCGUCUGCGCAUGGCGCGCUUGCGCCCUCGCUUGCCGGCACUGCGCAGGCCGCUGGCAGCCACGGCUGUGCUGUCGCUGCUCGUCCUGGUCCUGGCCCUGGCUGGGAGCAGCUUCGUCUCACCGCGAGGCUCCGGUUCGCCCCGGAGCCGCCGUGUGCCUCGCGGCGCGCUGGAUGUCGAAGGCCUGGCAUCUUUUGCCUCCUUUUCGGUGCUUGCCGGGUCACCCAUUCCGCUUGGCCUCGGGGCCCUCUUCCGCCGUGCUGAGGAUGUGGCGGCGACGGCUGCGCCGGAGGAGGAGGCGACAUGGCCAGAGUUCGCGCUGCCGAGCUUCGGAUCAGAAACAACGCCAAAGGUUGAGGAGGUGCCCGAGCCGCGGGCUUAA